AUGGAGUCGGACGCGGGGCUGUCGCCGUCGCUGGCGGCGCGCGUGGGGCCCGGCAACAUCCGGUCGCUCAUCCUGGAGAAGGAGAAGGAGCUGCACGACAUCAACGAGUACCGCAUCCGCACGCUGGAGGCGCUGCUGCGCGACAAGGAGACGGCCGCGGGCGCCGCCAAGCAGAAGCUGGGCAAGCUGCAGGAGGACUUCAAGUACAACCUCAAGCUGCUGGAGGGCCGCGACGAGGAGCUGGCGCUGUACGACGCCAACUUCGCGUCGCUCAAGACCGUGCUGCGCGACCGCGAGGCCGAGCUCAGCGAGCUGCGCGCUCGCGAGGCCGAGCUGCUGGCGGAGCUGCAGAGGGCCAAGCAACGCGCGGACGAGCAGGAGGCCCAGUACCAGCAGAAGCUCAAGGAUGCGAGGGCGCAGAUGGAGGGCGCCAGGUGGAAGUUCGACGACGAGCUGAGGCGCCAGCAGGACGCCAUGGAGACGCAGAGGCGCAGCGUCGAGCGGCAGCUGAGGGAGAAGGACGAGGACGUGGAGACCCAGAGGAGGGAGCUCACGGUCACGUUCGACGACGUCAUGAGGCAGCGCGAGGCCGAGUUCAAGCGUGCGAGCGACGAACUGCAGGCCAAAGUGAGGGACCUGGAGCUCAAGAACAAGGCGCUGGCCAGGGAGGCGGACGCGCAGCGAGCCAGGGCGGACGAGAUCAAGACCAAGAACGAAAAUCUGCAGCAAAUGCUGCAGGAGAAUGACAAGGAGAUCAAGUCGCUGGAGUGGACGCUCGCGGAUGUGCGCGCGGCGAAGGAUACGAAAGUGGGCGAGCUGGAGGGCGAAGUGGCCAAGCUGAACGACGUGAAGCAGCAGCUGCUGGAUGAGUACGAGAGCAAGAUGGCGGAGCUGUUGCAGUCGCUGCACUCGGUGGAGAAGGCCUUCGUGCAGCAGAAGACGCAGUACGACGAGGAGCUGCAACGCCACAUGGAGCGGAAGAAAAGUGAAGCCCAGGAGGCAAGUGCGCGCGGUGAGGCGAAGAUUGAAUUGUUGACAACUCGACUGCGUGAGAGUGAAGAGCGCGUGGAGGCGCUGCAGGGUGAGUUGAAGCAGGCGAAGUGGGAUGCAGAUGACAAGUUGAUGGAAAAGGAGCGCGAGAUUGAACGGGUGAAGAGCUCACUACAGGAUCUUGAAGACGAACAGCAUCGCGCAGCGAGUGAUCUGCAGCAGCAGCUUCGAGCAGGGGAUCGAGAGACGCAGGUACUCCAGGAAAGACUGCAGGAUUGCCAACGCCAAAUUGCCCUAUUGAAAGAGAAAGAUAAGGCGCAGCGACAAGAGCUGCUGGAAAGCGUGGAGAAGCAGGAAGACCUGCAGCGAGACCUUGUGGCAGUCAAUUUACGCUGGGAAAAUCGUUGGCAAGAUCAGCAACAAGAGCUUGAUGAGCGGCACGAGCUGCGGCUCCGCGAAUUACAACAAGUGAAAGACCGUCUGCUCAAUGAGAAGGAGGCGGUCGAAGAACGACUGCUUCACGCUGAGAACGAAGUGCAGCGGCUUCGUUCUGAGCUAUCAGCGUUAAAGUCUAGCGCUCGUAUCACCGAAUCGUUCGGGUCGCAGUACUUGAGGCGAAGCGGGGACGUAAGGAAUUCUUCGAACUCGGUGCCUGUAGCUCCAUCACCUCUGUGGAGUGAUGAUCCAGGAACACUUUCACCUGUCCCGGGCGUAUCGCCGAUGCUUACAGAUAGCCCACAGUUGCGGUCACGAGCUGGUGCAGCGGAUAAUGCCACCUCUUUGGAGAUGGAAAACGCCAAGCUGCGUGAUUUAAUUCGGCAGAUGAAGGAGUCGCUUGCUCAGCAAGCUGACGAAAUGGAGGCAUCCCCCGGACAAGCUAGUGGAAGUCGAAGCGCGUCUAAACUUGCGGCACAACUGCUGGAAGCCCAGGAGCGCUGUGUAGCGCUCGAAUCACGCUUGAACGAAGUCUCUGGCAACGACAAGAGCACCUUGCUUCAACUUGAGAGCUGCAAGCGGGAGCUCUCCGAAGCGCAACGGUCUAUCGAAGCUAAAACCAAGCAAAUUGUCGAGUUGGAAAGUCGCGUUCAAGAGCUGGACGGGAUGCGGUCUGCAGAACCUGAAAUGCAGAGUGGACGGGUCGCUCUGGAAGCCCAAGUGAUAGAUCUCAAGCGGAAGCUCAAAGCAGCAAACAGUGACAUCGAUCGUUUAGUCAGAGAACGAAGCCAACUCAUGGAGCUUAGCAACCAACUUCGUGCUGAUCUGCGCCGGAGUGGGUCUGGAGAUGCGGGGUCGAGGUCGUCGACACCCCGGGUGGAGUUUGCUGGCAAGAAGGACUACGAGAACAUGAUUGCCGAACUUACCCAGUCGUUGGAAGAAGCCCGAGUCCACAACAAAACGCUCAAAAAAGAGCUUCGCCGCAUGGUAAAAGUGAACGUGCAAUUUCAGCAAGAGCGAGAGUCACAAGGGCGACGUUCGAGCACGUUAUCGAUGAUGAAGACACUGGACCCCGGGCCAGCACGCGGCGCCAAGAACGAUCUAGAUGAGCAAUUGUUGGCUCUGGCACGGAACAAACGCUUAAGUUCCCUACUUGCAAAGCUGUUUCAGGCAGCAGACCGACGGGAUUCGGCAGGAACUGAAGACUCCAACGCAACCAUCGGUGGCACCUCCAGCACGAAGGUCACGGAUGCACGGCUAAAACUCCAGCAAGCCAAGGAGAUGCUGAUGCUCUCUGGUAAACGAGCUCCUGUUGCUGGGUCGCGUGCUAGUCUUGCAACGUUUGCAGCGUCUGCUGCAGCUGGUGGUUCGACAGGUACGCGUCUGAGUGACCGAGAAACAAGCAGCCAGCGCUCAGCCGUGAAGAAACUCAAGCAGCUGCAAUCCAAGCGAACUGAGAUGGUCAAUGAGCGCAAGAAAGUCCGCAACUACAGUCUGGCAUCGUAG